AACCCGAGUAUCAAUAGCAUCACAGCCUAGUGGGGAGGAUCAUAUAAUUCCUCAAGAUAACAAAUCCAAAGACCAAACCCUUAAGAUGCCAUACCUUUUAAGCGCAUAAAAGAAGGCAGUGGUUUGUCACGUAAGCAUAUCCCAUGCCACCAUUUCACCAUGUCAUUGUAUCACCACCCUCCAUUGAGGUGGGCCACACACUCUCCUCCCUCAUUGCUCCCCUUAGGUACCAUGUGGUCCUUUUCAUCUCAAUCCUCCCACUCAUCUCCCCUCCUCCCUUUCCUUCUCUCCCCCAUCUCUCCAUGGAACAACCCUCCCUCCCACAUAACCAUAAGCUUCUAGUGUCCACACUAGCUCCCACCCAAAGCCCCACUUCUAGCAUCAUCUCAGCCAUUGAUCCUGAAGACACACCGCUCGACUUCAAUGUCGUCGUCAUCCUCGCCGCGAUGCUGUGCGCGCUAGUUUGUGCACUUGGGCUCCACUCCAUGCUCCAGUGUGUGGUCAGGUGCACCCAACGUGUAGUCACAGAGCCCGUCGAGUGGGUUGCGGCCCGCCGGCUCAACGCCGGCCUUAAGAAGGAAGACGUGAUCGCGCUCCCCACUUCCACCUAUGCGACGUCUGGCUCGCCGGGGUCUACCUCCAGGUGUGCCAUCUGCUUAGCAGACUUCUCUGAUGGUGACAAGAUCCGGCUCAUCCCCAAGUGUAACCAUCGAUUCCAUGUUGCGUGCAUCGACACAUGGCUCAUGUCCCACUCAUCAUGCCCCACCUGCCGACAACGGCUCUCAGCACACCAUUCCACAGCCUCUCUAGAGAUUGUCACAUCCGUUUGAACUUAUAGUGUAUGUGAUGAUCAGCUUUGAGCCUUCUCAAAGGCUAUAACGUUCUCUAAUAAUUGUUA